AUGGUACGUUAUUGGUUCUUCACCGCUGGGUACCAAACCGGGCUUUUUUCUUGUAUCUCAGUUACACAAAUACUUUUGUGGGUUCAACUUCAUGGUUUAUAUGCGGAGUAUUUAAAUGAGUACGGUAGUUUCUUUGCAUCCAUGCUCAUAAUUGGAAGCAGGGGUACUUUGGAGCCUGACCAGUUAGCAGAGAUGGCAAUUGCAGUCGAGCAGAGUGGCUACAGAUUCUUGUGGUCUGUCCGGUCGCCUGGAUCAAAGGACUUUACAAAACCUCCAGGUGAAUAUUCCAGUUUUUCUGGAAUAUUGCCGGAAGGUUUCUUGGAACGUACCCAAAAUCGAGGAUUGGUGUGUGGUUGGGCACCACAGGUGGAGGUGCUGGCUCAUGAAGCAGUUGGGGAUUUUGUUUCUCAUUGCGGCUGGAAUUCCACACUGGAAAGCUUGUGGCAUGGGGUGCCUAUAGCAACAUGGCCUCUCUACGCUGAGCAGCAAAUUUGUGCGUUUGAACUGGUAAGCGAAUUGGAAUUAGCAGUGGACUUGAAAAUGGAUUAUCGAAUGGAAAAUGCAGAGAAUCUUGUGAAGGCUGAGGAAAUAGAGAAAGCUGUCAGAUGUUUGAUGGACACUGAAAAUCCAAUCAGAAAGAGAGUUAGAGAAAUGAAAGAGAUAAGCAGAAAGACCAUUCAAGAUGAGGGUUCUUCAUUCAUCUCACUUGGACGCUUGAUUGAAGAUAUCUAUGAAUCAUUUUUCAUUCAUCUGUAAACUCAUAUUUUUACUAUUUCCUUAUGCUUGA